UGUCAAAAUGCCGGGGUCGAUUUGACACUCAGUGUUUCAUUUCUUUAAUGUUUUAAGUUUAACGUUACUGGCAUUAUGAUAAGCAUGGACCAAGCCCCGGGUGUGAUCCCUCUUACCCCAGAGGCUGACAAAAGACAAAGAUUAUUGCGUGCCGUUAAGAAAGAGGUAAAACAAAUUAUGGAAGAAGCCGUAACACGUAAAUUUGUUCAUGAAGAAAGCAGUAGUAUUACAACAUUAUGUGGAGCUGUUGAAGCAUGUCUUCUAGAUGGUCUGAAGAAAAGAGCUUUGGGAUUAUUUAAAAACAGUACAACAGUAGCUCUAUUCCAGAAAUGUGCCAAACAUUGCACAUCCGCCGCCACUGUGGCAAAGCUUGUGGUGGAAGCUGAAUCAAAUAACGACUCAAUAACUAGUAUCAAAAAAUCCUUAGAUAACAACAAAAAUCAGACAAAGAAAAAUCAAACAUACAAUCCGAAAUAUUUAUGGCUUCGUCUGGCCAUUUUCGAGAAACAGUUAGCAAAAAUACUGGAUUAUUUAGUUCAAAAUAACAGUCGAUAUUAUGAAGCAGAAGCAUUGAUAUCUGAUCCAGUUGACGGACCUAUAUUUGCAUCUUUAUUAAUGGGACCAUGUGCUCUAGAUUAUACCAAAAUGAAGACAUCUGAUCAUUUUUGGACAGAUCCACCAGCAGACGAACUAGUUCAAAGACAUCGUAUACAUUCAGGUGGUAAUCAUGCUUUUGUUGGACCUGGAUCACCAAAACGUCCUGGAUUACAGAUAAGAAGGACAGCCAGUAGUGGAAGUGGAGAAGAAAGUCCUAAAUCAUUACACAUGUCAGCAAGAGAAUAUGUUGAAUCAUUACAUCAGAAUAAUAAAACUACCCUACUUUAUGGUAAAAAUAAUGUUCUGGUACAGCCAAAGGAAGAUGUUGCUGCCUUGGCUGGUUAUCUAUCAUUACAUCAGUGUACAGAUGGUUUAAUGAUAAUGUGGACACCUAAUCAGUUGAUGAAUGGUUGUUGCGAACAAGUUGAUGAAGACGCUGAUAGAAGAAAAUGCCGCUCGAAUGGUUUUAUGAAACAAUUUAAAACGGUUAUGUAUUGGGAGUAUGCAAUGACAGUAUUUCUAGAUGAAGUAGUUUAUAUUCACUGUCAUCAGCAGCCCGAUUGUGGAGGAACUGUUGUAUUAGUGGGACAAGAUGGCGUCCAGAGACCACCAAUUCAUUUCCCGAAGGGAGGACACCUUCUAGCGUUUCUUUCUGUUUUAGAGACAGCUCUUCUUCCACAUAACCAACUUGAUCCUCCUCUCUGGAAUCAGAGGGGAAAAGGUAAAGAAAUGGGCAAGUGUCAAAACGAUUCUUAA